AGGAACAGACUAAGUUGAAAUACGUACAAACCAACGCAAUCACCUUGCGUGGUUACGUAUGCGAAGAAACAGAUGUGUUCACAGAAUCACACAAAGAAUGGAUUUUAACGACAUUUUUCGUUCCUUUUUCGGGACAUAUGGUCCCAGAGGAUCCAUGGAGGAUGAUUCAGACGACCAUGACGUCUUCAACACACCUGGAGGCUUUGGGUUCUUUGGUAACCACUUUGGUCAGGGUGAACAAGAAGACAUGGAGGAUGACUCGACCUUUGACCCAGGUCAAAGGGGAGGGUUCCACCCACCUUCCAGCGGCGACUUUUUCUUCAAAUUUGAAGAGGAGAGUCAGGACAUGUUUCGUCAUUUUGAGGAGAUGUUCAAAAACUUUGGUCUGAGCACUUUUCCACCAUCAGCAUUUUCAAGAAUAGAUGAGGAGGCAUCUCCGGCGCUACCCUCGUCUCGGCACCGGACUCCACGAGAUGAAAUGCUGAAGCAUCCAGACAGUGGCCAUCCCUCGGCAUUGACUGCGAUCAAACCAGACCAUCUGGAAGGCGAGGAGGACAAUCCCGAGGACGGAGCACAGUCAUGGCAUUCUCUAUGGAACAACAAACCAAAGUGGCAUUGGCCCGUGCCUACCCUACCAUCUACGCCAUCAUGCAAGAAAGACAGAGAUCUGGAUGAUGAAGUGAAAGGAAGGAAACUGGACGAGAUUCUUAAAGAGGCCAACCCGCCUGAUCACCCUGCUCAGUCACCCUCAUCCAGGUCAUACUUCAGGAGUAUCUCGAUCCAGACCAUCAGGAAGCAAGACGGGACGGUGGAACAAAGGCGUACAGAAACGGAUGCCGAUGGAAACGUCACCACCACAGUCAAAAGCAGCAAUCCUGAGGAAUCAGAUCUACCCAGCCUGACACCGGACAGAAGAAGACCACGAUGGGAUAAGAACAGAAUUACAGAUGACGGAGCAAUAAUCGGACAGGACAAAACAGCCUCCAUAUUUGACAAACUCUUCGGGUCGUGGGGUCGCCGGUGAAGUUUUGAGCAUGGUGAUAAAUAUCAUCACCACUUUGUCGCCUAUUCAUGAUUGUAAAAAAAGGCUCAGUAUUAAGGAAACUAAUAUUUAGGUCUAUACAAAUUUAAGACAUAACCUAGUGAUAACAUCUUAAACAACACUUACAGAAAAUAUGAUGUCAUCACCGUUGUGAAGGAACAGGCAUGUCAGAAAAUCCUGUCAUAUUCGGUCAAGUGUGGCAUGUCCAUCCCUACGUGCAAAGAGUGACAAUGUUGGCGUCAGACAUGUCGGAAGAGGAAUCACAGGGGAUGUGAUUUUGACAUGAAAUCGCUUUUACUUUGUUAAGUGUGAGCGUAUAUUGCCAGCUUGAGGUGUGAUUUUAGCCAAAAGGAUGUGGUUUUGACCGCCUGCUGAAAAAAAUUAUCCCUCCUAAUUCAUCUUUCCUGUAUGAAAACACACAUGUAAGUGUCUGCAAGUAUUACUGUAGCCAUGUAUAUUACUUGUAAAUAAAUAAACACGUCCUGAAAUAAAUUAUGGUGAACUUUA